AUGGCCGAUUACGACUCUGACUCUUCGGAUGGCGAAUUUGCUGAGACGAAUGUUCUUUUGGGCUAUGCAUCAAAAGACGCCGAUGAAGAUACUAUAAGCCGCAUCGGUGGCCGUCCUGAAUGGCUGGAUGCAGACAAACCCCCCUCGGCGGCGCUCGCCCGCUGUAAAAUAUGCAAAGACUUCAUGGUCUUGCUGCUGCAGCUCAACGGCGAGCUGCCCGACCGGUUCCCCAACCACGACCGCCGCAUAUACGUCUUUGCCUGCAAGCGCGCGAGCUGCAGCCGUCGCGAGGGCAGCAUCCGCGCGCUGCGCAGCGUGCGCGUGUGGGCCGAUGACGGUUCGGCAGCGGCCGCGGCGGCGGAGAAGAAGAGAAAGAUGCAGGAAGAAGACGCAAAGAAGCAGCAGGAGAAGCCCAAGCAACCAGAGCCGCCCAAGCAACGACUCGGCGAUGCCCUCUUUGGCGGUGGCCCGGUCGCCUCGGCGGGCGCGAACCCAUUCUCGUCGAAUGCGAACCCGUUUAGCUCCUCGUCUAGCGGUGCUGCCAGCAGCAACCCGUUCAGCGCGAAUUCGUUUUCUUCACAACCCGCUCCUGCUGCUCCGACUACUACGGAAACAACAAGUGAAAAAGACCUACCAAAGACAUUUGCCGAGACGCUCUCCAUAAACAGCCCCAAGACGGAUGCCGUGCGGCCGCCGGCCCCCGAGCCGUGGCCCGCCGCGGUGCAGCAGCCCGCGCCGUACCCGACGCUGUACCUCGCCGACGCCGACUACGAGACGCUGGAGCCGGAGCCGGCCGACAUGCCGCUGCCCGCCAACGCGCGGAUCGAGGACGCGGACGCGCCCGAGACGACGUCGGCGGCGGACAAGGAGGCGUUUGAGAGCGUCAUGGACAUGACGUUUCAAAAGUUUGCGGACCGCCUCGCGCAGAACCCGGAGCAGGUCAUCCGGUACGAGUUUGGCGGUACGCCGCUGCUGUGCUCAAAGACGGACGCCGUCGGGCAGAUGGUGACGAGGGCGGCGAUGCCGCGCUGCGGGGGUUGCGGCGGGAAGCGCACAUUCGAGGUACAGCUGACGCCGCAUGCGAUUACGGAGCUCGAGAGCGAGGACCUGAGCCUCGAGGGCAUGGAAUGGGGGACGGUGAUUGUGGGGGUUUGCGAGAGGGACUGCGUGCCGGGCUACUUGGAGGACGAGGAGCCGGGUUAUCUGGAAGAAUGGGCCGGUGUACAGUGGGAAGAAGCGGGAGGGAAGAAGUAA